GAGAGCCAGAGGCGACCGCCCCUGCGAAGCGGGCAGGAGCUGCGGAGAGGAGGACGCUGCCACCCACAGCCCCCAGGAGCUCACUGCAGCCGGGACCGCAGGCGGGUGGCGGCUGGGCGAGCCGUGCCCAGCUCCUGCUCGCGGACGUGGUAGCUGCAGAAGCAAGAAAAGAGCCAUGUUCCCAGGCUGCCCACCCGUUUGGGUCCUGGUGGUCCUAGGCACCAGCUGGGCAGGCGGGGGGAACCCGGGGGCCGACGCAGCGCAGCUAAGGCAGUUCUACGUGGCUGCCCAGCACAUCAGCUGGAGCUACCACCCCGAGCCCGCAAACCUCAGUUUGAAUCCUUCUGCAACUUCCUUUAAGAAAAUUGUCUACAGAGAAUAUGAUGCAUAUUUUAAGAAAGAAAAACCACAAUCUAGCAUUUCAGGACUUCUUGGGCCCACUUUAUAUGCUGAAGUUGGAGACACCAUGAAAGUUCACUUUAAGAAUAAGGCAGACAAGCCCUUAAGUAUCCAUCCUCAAGGAAUUAAGUACAGCAAAUUCUCAGAAGGUGCUUCUUACACUGACCACACAUCCCCUGUGGAGAGGAUGGAUGAUGCCAUAGCGCCCGGCCAGGAAUAUACCUAUGAGUGGAUUAUCAGUGAGGACAGUGGGCCCACCCCCGACGACCCUCCCUGCCUCACACACAUCUAUUACUCCCAUGAGAACCUGAUACAAGACUUCAACUCUGGGCUGAUUGGACCUCUGCUUAUCUGUAAAAAAGGCACCCUAAGUGAGGAUGGGACUCAGAAGAUGGUUGACAAGCAGCAUGUGCUGCUGUUUGCUGUGUUUGACGAAAGCAAGAGCUGGAGCCAGUCGUCAUCCCUAAUGUACACCGUCAAUGGCUAUGUGAAUGGGACCAUGCCAGAUAUAAUGAUUUGUGCCUAUGAUCAUGUCAGCUGGCAUCUGAUUGGAAUGAGCUCUGGGCCAGAAAUGUUCUCCAUUCAUUUCAAUGGCCAAGUCCUGGAGCAGAACCACCAUAAGGUCUCUGCCAUCACCCUCGUCAGUGCUACAUCCACCACUGCAAAUAUGACUGUGAGCACAGGAGGAAGGUGGACCAUAUCUUCUCUCACCCCCAAACAUCUGCAAGCUGGGAUGCAGGCUUACAUCAACAUUAAAAACUGCCCCAAGAAAACUCGAAAUCUGAAGAAAAUGACCCUUGAGCAAAGGCGGCAUAUUAAGAGAUGGGAAUACUUCAUUGCUGCAGAGGAAGUCAUUUGGGACUAUGCACCUGUAAUACCAGCAAAUAUGGAUAAAAAAUAUAGGUCUCUGCACUUGGAUAAUUUCUCAAACCAAAUUGGAAAACAUUAUAAGAAAGUGGUUUACAAACAGUACCAAGAUGAGUCCUUCACCAAACGUGAAGAGAAUCUCAAUAUCAAAGAAGACGGGAUUUUGGGUCCUGUUAUCAGAGCACAGGUCAGAGACACACUCAAAAUCACAUUCAAAAAUAUGGCUAGCCGUCCUUAUAGCAUUUACCCACACGGAGUGACCUUCUCUCCUUAUGAAGAAGAAAUCAACUCUUCUUCCAACUCAGGCAGUAACACCAUGAUCAGAGCAGUUCAACCAGGGGAAAUCUACACUUACAAGUGGAACAUUCUAGAAUUUGAUGAACCCACAGAAAAUGAUGCCCAGUGCUUAACAAGACCAUAUUACAGUGAUGUGGACAUCAUGAGGGACAUUGCCUCUGGGCUAAUAGGACUACUUCUAAUUUGUAAGAGCAGAUCUCUGGACAAGAGAGGCAUACAGAGGGCAGCAGACAUGGAGCAGCAGGCAGUGUUCACUGUGUUUGACGAGAACAAGAGCUGGUACAUCGAAGACAACAUCAACAAGUUUUGUGAAAAUCCGGAGGCGGUGAAUCGUGACGACCCCAAGUUUUAUGAAUCGAACAUCAUGAGCACUAUCAAUGGCUAUGUGCCUGAGAGCAUCCCUACUCUCGGAUUCUGCUUUGAUGACACUGUCCAGUGGCAUUUCUGCAGUGUGGGGACCCAGGAUGAUGUUUUGACCAUUCAUUUCACGGGGCACUCAUUCAUUUAUGGAAAGAGGCAUGAAGACACCUUGACCCUCUUCCCCAUGCGUGGAGAAUCGGUGACUGUCACAAUGGAUAAUGUGGGAACGUGGAUGUUAACUACCAUGAAUUCUAGUCCAAGAAGCAAGAACCUCAGGCUGAAAUUCCGGGAUGUUAAAUGUAUCCUAGAUGAUGAUGAAGACUCAUAUGAGAUUUAUGAACCUCCAUCCUCUACACCCAUGGACACACGGAAAAUGCAUGAUUUUCCAGAUUAUGCAGAAGAAGAGAGUAAUACUGAUGAUUAUUACCAAUAUUUGUUGGCUUCAGAAUUAGGAAUUAGGUCAUUCAGAAACUCAUCAUUGAGUCAGGAGGAAGACCAGUUCAAUCUUACUGCCCUAGCUCUGGAGAACAACUCUGAACCCAUUUCCCCAAGCACAGAUACAGCUAUUGGUUCAAAUUCUUCUUCCUCAAGUAAUAUUAGUAGUUUAAUUGAUAAUAACCUCUCAGGACCUCAGAAAACUCUUCCUUACCCAGGAGCCACCACAACUGGGUCCCUAGAGGGACAUGUUUUUGGCUUAGAUCAUUUCACAGCAGAACAUUCCAGGCCUUAUUCUGAAGACCCUAGUGAAGAUCCUCUAAAAUCUUCUGAUGUCACAGGAGUAAGAUUACUUCCACUUGGGACAAGAGGAUUCAGACAUCAAGAACAUGCUAAACAUAAGGGACCCAAGGCAGAAAGAGAGCAAGCAGCAAGGCAGAAGUUCUCUCAGAUGAAAUUAUCAGCACAUAAAACUGGGAGACAUGUCAGCCAAGACAGUGGUUCUCCUUCCAGGAGGGGGCCCUGGAAGGACCCUCCUAGUGACCUGUUACUCUUAAAAGAAAAUAAUCCAUCUAAGAUUUUGAAUGGUAAAUGGCAUUUGGUUUCUGAGAAAGGUAGCUAUGAAAUAAUCCAAGAUACCAAUGAAGACAUGGCUGUUAAUAAGCAGCCAACCAGCACCCAGAAUGCCUCAAGUUCUUGGGUUUCAGAAAGCACCCCCUUUAUAAACAAACCUGGAAAUCAGAGUGGCCACCCACAGUUCUUUAGAGUUAGACAUAAAUAUCUACAUGCAAGACAAGAUGGAGGAAAUAGUGGAAUAAAGAAAAGCUCAUUUUUGAUUAGGACUCGAAAAAAGAAAAAGGAAGAGAAGCGUGGAUCCCAUGUUCUAUCUCCUAGGGGCUUUCACCCUCCAAGAGGUGAGACCUACGCCACAAUUUCAGACCGAACAUUGAAUCAUUCAUUGUUACUCCAUAAGUCCAAUGAAACAUCCCUUUCCACAGACCCCAGUCAGACAUUGCCCUCUAUAACCCUCAACGUGACAUCCUCACUUCCUGACCAUAAUCAGAAUUCCCCAAACGACACUAGUCAGACAAACUCCCUUUCAGACUUUUAUCAGACAGAGCCCCCAGAGGAACACGAUCAAACAUUCCGUGUUCAAGACCCUGAUGAAAUGCAUCCUACAGCAGACCCCAGCCACAGGUCCUCUCCUGCAGAACUCAGUGGGAUGCUUGACAAUGCCCUAAGUCACCAGGCCCUCCCCGAUGAAACUGGUCAAAUGUCCUCUUACCUGGAACAUGACAUCUGGCAGACAACUGUCUCUCCAGACUUCAGCCAACUGACCCUCUCCCCACACAUGGGCACCAUCUCUCCAGAGCUCAGCCAAUCGACCCACUCCCCAGACCUGGGCACCAUCUCUCUAGACCACAGCCAAUCAUCCCUCUCCCUAGACCUGGGUCAGAUGACCUCCUCAACAGACCCUGGUCAGAUGACACUAUCUCCAGAACUCACUCAGACAAGCUCUUCCCCAGCCUUCAGUCAAAUGCCCUUUUCUCCAGACCUCAGCCACAUAACACUUUCUCCAGAUCUCAGUCAGACAACCCCCUCCUCAGAUGUCAGCCAAAUGACCCUGUCUCCAGACCCUACCCAGACAAACAUUUCCCCACAUUUCAGUCAGAUGUCUCUUCCCCUAGACCUCGACCAGGUGACUCUCUCUGAUGAUAUCAGUCAGACAACCUUUCCUUCUGAUCUCAGGCAGACGCUGCCUCCUCCAGACCUUGAUCACACAUUCCACCCUUCUGAGUCUGGGUCAUUGCCUCUUCCAGAAUUUAAUGAGACUUUUCCUUAUCUAGACCUUGAUCAGAUGUCAUCUCCUAUACUCAAUGACACUUUUAUAUCAAAGGAAUUUAAUCCACUGGUCGUAGUAGGCCUCGGUAGAGAUGAUGGAGAUUACGUUGAGAUUAUUCCAAGGCAGGAGGACCAGAGCAGUGAAGAAGACUAUGUUGAAAUUGAUUACGUGGCCUACAAUGAUCCCUACCAAACUGAUACUAGGACAGAUAUCAACUCCUCCAGAAAUCCAGACAACAUUGCAGCCUGGUACCUCCGCAGCAACAAUGGGAACAGAAAAAAUUAUUUUAUUGCUGCAGAAGAAGUAUACUGGGAUUAUUCAAAAUUCGCACAAAGUGAGAUGGAUCACGAAGACACUGACGAUAUUCCAGAGAGCACCAUAUAUAAGAAAGUGGUUUUUCGAAGGUAUCUUGAUAGCACUUUUACCAAACGUGAUCCUCGGGGGGAGUAUGAAGAGCAUCUUGGCAUUCUUGGUCCUGUUAUAAGAGCCGAAGUGGAUGAUGUUAUCCAAGUUCGUUUUAAAAAUUUAGCAUCCAGACCAUAUUCUCUUCAUGCCCAUGGACUUUCCUAUGAAAAAUCAUCAGAGGGAAAGACGUAUGAAGAUGACUCUCCUGAAUGGUUCAAGGAAGAUAAUGCUGUUCCACCCAACAGCAGUUACACAUAUGUCUGGCACGCCACGGGGCGAUCGGGGCCAGAAAGCCCUGGCUCUGCCUGCCGGGCUUGGGCCUACUACUCAGCUGUGAACCCGGAAAAGGAUAUCCACUCGGGCUUGAUAGGGCCCCUGCUGAUCUGCCGAAAAGGAACGCUUGAUAAGGAGAGCAACAUGCCAGUGGACAUGAGAGAGUUUGUCUUACUUUUUAUGGUCUUUGAUGAAAAGAAGAGCUGGUACUAUGAAAAGAAGCCCAAAAGGCCUUGGACACUCACAUCCUCAGAAGUAAAAAACUCCCAUGAGUUUCAUGCCAUUAACGGGAUGAUCUACAACUUGCCUGGCCUGAGAAUGUAUGAGCAGGAGUGGGUGAGGUUCCACCUGCUGAACGUGGGUGGCUCCCAAGACAUUCAUGUGGUUCAUUUUCAUGGGCAGACCUUGCUGGAAAACGGCCAUCAGCAGCACCAGCUGGGGGUGUGGCCCCUUCUGCCUGGUGCAUUCAAUACUCUUGAAAUGAAGGCAUCAAAACCUGGCUGGUGGCUCCUAAAUACAGAGGUUGGAGAAAAUCAGAGAGCAGGGAUGCAAACGCCAUUUCUUGUUAUAGACAAAGAUUGUAAGAUGCCAAUGGGACUAAGCACUGGUCUCAUAUCCGAUACACAGAUCAAGGCUUCUGAGCAUCUGGGUUACUGGGAGCCUAGAUUAGCAAGAUUAAACAACAUGGGAUCAUAUAAUGCUUGGAGUGUAGAAAAACAUGCCACAGAUUCUGGCUCUACACCUUGGAUCCAGGUGGACAUGCAAAAGGAAGUCCUAAUCACAGGGAUCCAGACCCAAGGUGCCAAGCACUACAUGAAGUCCUACUACACCACAGAGUUCUACGUAGCCUACAGUUCCGACCACAUCAACUGGCAGACCUUCAAAGGGAACAGCACAGAGAAUGUGAUGUAUUUUGAUGGCAAUUCAGAUGCAUCUUCGAUAAAAACAAAUCAGUUUGACCCGCCUAUUGUGGCUAGAUAUAUUAGGAUCUCUCCUACUAGAUCCUACAACAGACCUACCCUUCGAUUGGAACUGCAAGGUUGUGAGGUGAACGGAUGCUCCACACCACUGGGUAUGGAAAGUGGAAAGAUAGAAAACAAGCAAAUCACAGCUUCAUCAUUUAAGAAAUCUUGGUGGGGAGAUUACUGGGAACCUUACCGUGCCCGUCUUAACGCCCAGGGGCGUGUGAAUGCCUGGCAAGCCAAGGCAAACAACAACAAACAGUGGUUACAAAUUGAUCUGCUUAAAAUCAAGAAGAUAACUGCGAUUGCAACUCAGGGCUGCAAGUCUCUGUCCUCUGAAAUGUAUGUGAAGAGCUAUACCAUCUACUACAGCGAUCAGGGAGUGGUGUGGAAACCGUACAGGCAGAGAUCCUCCAUGGUGGACAAGCUUUUUGAAGGAAAUAUUAAUACCAAAGGACACAUGAAGAAUGUUUUCAACCCCCCAAUCAUCUCCAGGUUUAUCCGCAUCAUUCCUAAAACAUGGAAUCAAAGUAUUGCACUUCGCCUGGAGCUCUUCGGCUGUGAUAUUUACUAGCAUUGAAAAUUCAUAAACACAGGAAAGAAUCUUUAAGACCUCAAACCAUUUAGAAUGGGCAAUGUAUUUUGUGGCUAUUUUAAAUGUUAAUUUUCUAUUUCUCUUUUUUUUUCUAUUAGAGAAUAAAAUUUUAUA